AUGGAUUCCGACGUCCCCCAAAUUCGACCCAAAUGGGAGACUCAAGGCAGAUCAACCCCUGAAGGCCAUCGACCCAACCUGACAGAGCAGAGAAAUCUCAUCAGACAAUCGGUGACUAACAUCAUCAGCGGUAUCCGCACCUUCUCCCGCUUUACCUUGAAGAUUGAUGACCUGCUUCGUUUCGAUAUUGAGAUCACCGAACUCGACCUCCUGAGCCCAAACGAUCACACUAUCUUCCAGCCACUGUCUCUGGCCGAAUUCCACAAGUAUGAGCUUGAUGAGCCGCUUUUUGGAACCCUGAUGCUCGAGGGGAUGAAGCCGAAAGACUUGAACAUCUCUGACCUUGCCGACCGACCCAUCACUCGCUAUGAGGAAGAGUUUGCUGCCAUGGAGGAGGGUGAGCGUCUAUUGAACUACAUCGAAACGCUUCACACUUGCUACUCAAAGAUUGAAGAGCCUCACGAACCUUUUUGUAUGGCCUCCAACUGGUUCCAGAUGCAAAUGCCUGAUCGCAAGUACAAUGUCCCUCGAGAGUUUGGUCUCAACAGCUGGCCCCACGAUCAGGGACUGCUGGCUCAAAACCUUGGCCCAGAGCAUGUCGGCUGGCAGUAUCAGGCAGUCAGUGAGUUCAGGGAAGACUCGUUGCGAGGUUCCAAGAAAUGGCCUCAUCUUCGUAUUACGGUCUGUCAUGGACACACUGGGGAUCCCCAUGGGAUUCUGAUCGGCGAGCUUGGUUCAAUUGCGCAGGCAAUCCUCAAUCGUCUGAAUGAGCCCGCGUUUGACAACGAGUCCUACUUUCCGGUGCUUGUGCUGUCCUUCUUUGGACCUCGCUACGUGCGCCUUCUGCAGGCUGUUCACAGACCCACUGGAUACCUGGAGCUUCGAGUCAGUCGGAUUCUCGAUUUCACUGUCAUGGGAAUGGCGCCAACCGACCUGAUUCUGAGAUACAUGACUUGUUUCCCACACUAUGAUUUCUGA